AUGCGUGGAGAACCGGUCUCCGACACGGUGGCGCGCGCAAAGUGGGUCAGGUGGAAAGACCUCCAGUGGGUUGUGGACGAAUACGAGGCGUUCAAGGCCGCCGUGUCUGGGAUCGUCGAGUGGGAGCUCUGGUCGCUCUGCGACAGCGAGCACCAGUGGGACAGCCUCGGGGUCAAGGUGCGGCGGGGCUGCGAGACCUGGAGCCAAACGGCGAUGCGGCACUGCAUCUACCCCGCCGGGGGCUCGUGCACCGAGCACACGGACUACGGGAUCGUGACCCUCCAGCUGUGUAGCUCCCCAGGCUUCGAGGCCUACAUCAGGGGCUCGUGGCGGCAGGUCAGCCCGAC